GGCGUUUUAAUUUGGAUCUGAGACCAAUUUUAGAACCCGUAUAAAAAGAGAUCGAUCCCUGAACCAACAAUCAGUUUGAAAAGCAACAGCUUGAGCCACAACAUGAAUCCUACAAUUUUCUUUGGUUGCCUGGUCGUCCUGUCAGGAUGCCUCCUUGGAGGAGUAAAUGCCCAAAGCGAUGAUGAGUUCACCACCGAAAAACAACGCCUACUUCAGGUUUAUGGUGAUUCUUCGGUUGAUGAGGCUACUAGAUACAGAAAUGUCGGUGAUCUAGUUACUUUCCUUGACAAGUACUCCACUCGCCUAUCGUUGUCACCCGGCCUACAACAACGUGCCCAGGAUCUCCUAAGGAGGUAUAAGGAGGAAGAGUCUCGUGAUCUUACGGUGGACGGAGUUCCCGCUCAAGGAGGGUUUUGGAAGUCCUUGCUGAAGCUUCUGAUCGUGCAGGUGGGCGUGGAAAUCGCCUCAGAGGGGUUCAAACGUGCUACAAAAUCCUAAAUCUCUACUGAGAUAGGGUUUAAUUCUUCGUAAAAUAUCUAUUGAAGUUCAUUAAAUAGCCAAAACUUUGAAAAUAAAGACAAUUGGAUUACAAUCAACCUAUAAAA